CUGUCAGUUUUCCGAAAGCUUGAAAAGGCGGUGUAUCGAAACAAUGAGAUCAAAGUUAAUAAAUAUUGUUCGAUUAAGUAACAGACUUCUUUCAGCUAAUAAACUUGUAGCCAAUACUUCUUACUAUAGUCAUUCUUCAUACACAGCCUACACAUUUAAAUGCCCCUCGGCAAAUUUCUCAACAGGAUCAGUAUUAAGAAGCCAAUUGUCCGAGUCAGAGUAUCAUGCAGUGGCAGAUGAGACUAUGGACUCACUGACUGAGAUGUUUGAAGACCUCCCAGAAGUGGCACCAUGUGAUCCAGAAUAUGAUGCUCAAUAUUCUAGUGGUGUGCUGACGGUAAAAAUCAGUGAUAAGUUUGGUACAUACGUCAUCAAUAAGCAGCCUAGUAAUGUCCAAAUCUGGCUGUCAUCUCCUGUCAGUGGUCCUUUUCGCUAUGACUUUACUGAUGAAACAUGGGUUUACUCACGGACAUCACAGACUAUGCAUGAAUUACUGUCAGAGGAAGUGUCCAAAGCUCUCGAUACCCCUGUAGACUUUACCACUUGUUCUUAUGGAUCUUGGAAAAAGAGUUAGCCACCAGAGUUUGAGAAAAUUAUUAUGAACAUUGUAAUGAAUUGAGGCUUUGUACUGUAGGGAUGAUUGCAGUGUAUUUUAUACAGUCAUGUAUCCCUAGUUUUUUUGCAUAUAUUUUAAUGCAUUGUUGAAAAACCACAGUCAUGCAGUCUUGCUUGAGGUAAGAGACUGGUGUUGGGUUUCCAAUGAUGAUUUAAUGUUCCAGGAUAAUACUUUCAGUUUCUUUUGUUUAAUUAUAAGUGUAAUAAUUAUAAUUGUAAAUCCUUGUUUUAUUCUGUAAGAUAUUCCAUCCCAUUCUUUGAAAAUUGUUUACUGACUAGACACAUGUUAACAAAGCUAAGCUGUUUUGUUUUACUGAAAUAUUAAGCUCAUCAAAUGCUUUACAGAACAUAGCUAUGCUGUUUUUGCUGUUUUGUUUCAUUGAAGUAAAGCCAAUGAAAUCUGAGUAUAUUCAUAUAUAUUUGUAUGAUAUUAUUGCAUAUUGUUUAUAUGUUUGACAUUUUGUAUGAGUAUUAUUUUUUUUUCAAACUUUUGAUUAAUUUCCAUGUGGUUUAUUAAAUGAUAAUUAUAAGU